AUAUACCACACCUCCUCGAACGUCCCAGUGGUGCGUAAGAUGCUGGAAGAGUCCAAGACCCUCAACGUCAACUGUGUGGACUACAUGGGCCAGAAUGCACUGCAGUUGGCCGUGGGUAAUGAGCACUUGGAAGUGACAGAACUACUGCUGAAGAAGGAGGGUCUUGCUCGUGUGGGCGAUGGCCUCCUCUUGGCCAUCAGUAAGGGCUAUGUGCGUAUCGUAGAGGCUAUCCUGGCCCACCCUGCAUUCGGAGGUGGGCUACGCCUCACUUUAAGCCCCCUGGAGCAGGAGCUACGAGAUGAUGACUUUUAUGCCUACGACGAAGAUGGCACGCGUUUCUCCCAUGACGUGACCCCGGUCAUCCUGGCUGCACACUGCCAGGAGUACGAGAUAGUGCACACUCUGUUGAUGAAGGGAGCCCGUAUCGAGAAGCCCCAUGACUACUUCUGUAAGUGUAGCGAGUGUCAUGACAAGCAGUGCCGUGACUCGUUCAGCCACUCCCGCUCCAGGAUGAAUGCUUAUAAAGGGCUAGCCAGCGCUGCCUACCUGUCCCUGUCUAGUGAGGACCCUGUAUUCACCGCUCUGGAGCUCAGCAACGAGCUGGCUCGCCUCGCCAACAUCGAGACUGAGUUCAAGAAUGACUACAGGAAGCUGUCCAUGCAGUGUAAGGACUUUGUGGUGGGAGUGCUUGACUUAUGCAGAAACACGGAGGAGGUGGAGGCCAUUUUGAAUGGGGAUGUGGACCAAGCUCUGCCCGGCGAUCACAGUCGACCCUGCCUCAGUCGGGUCAAACUGGCCAUUAAGUACGAGGUCAAGAAGUUUGUGGCCCAUCCUAACUGCCAGCAGCAGCUCCUGACCCUGUGGUAUGAGAACCUAGCUGGACAGCAGUCUGCUGGGGUGAAAUGCUGGAUAGUCCUGGGAGUGGCUAUUGGCCUUCCUUUCCUCUCAAUCGCAUACUGGAUAGUGCCCUGCAGUAAGUUCGGUCAGAUUCUCCGUAGCCCCUUCAUGAAGUUUGUGGCCCAUGCUGUUUCAUUCACCAUCUUUCUUGGACUGCUGGUAAUCAAUGCCUCGGACCGCUUCGAGGGAGUAAAGAACCUUCCCAACGAGACUAUAACAGACCACCCUCUUCAGGUGUUCAGGGUCAAAACCAGUCAAUUCUCSUGGACUGAGAUGCUCAUCAUGAAUUGGGUGAUUGGGAUGAUCUGGUCGGAGUGUAAGGAGAUCUGGGCUGAUGGGCCAAGGGAGUAUAUCAUGCACCUCUGGAACGUACUAGACUUUGGCAUGCUGUCCAUCUUCGUGGCAUCCUUCACGGCUCGGCUCAUGGCCUUCCUGAGGGCCUCUGAGACCCAGUUGUAUGUGGACAUGUAUGUUCCCAACAUGCCCAACUGUUCCCAACAUGCCCAACAUGACCUGAGCAACGCCUCACUGCCUCCAAAUGUAGCCUAUUACACCCAUGCAAGGAACAGGUGGUUACCCUCCGAUCCUCAGCUCAUCUCCGAGGGUUUGUACUCCAUUGCAGUGGUGCUCAGUUUCUCCCGCAUUGCCUACAUCUUGCCUGCCAAUGAGAGCUUCGGCCCACUUCAAAUCUCCCUAGGCCGGACGGUCAAGGACAUCGUCAAGUUCAUGGUCAUUUUCAUAAUGGUCUUCCUGGCUUUCAUGAUUGGCAUGUUCAAUCUAUAUUCUUAUUACCUUGGUGCCAAGUACAACCCUGCCUUCACCACAGUGGAGGAGAGCUUUAAGACUCUAUUUUGGUCCAUCUUCGGCUUGUCUGAAGUUAUCUCUGUGGUCUUGAAGUAUGACCAUAAGUUCAUAGAGAACAUUGGUUAUGUUCUCUUURGCAUCUACAAUGUAACCAUGGUAAUCGUACUGCUCAACAUGCUGAUUGCAAUGAUCAAUCACUCCUAUCAGGAGAUUGAGGAGGAUGCUGAUGUGGAGUGGAAGUUUGCCCGUGCUAAACUCUGGCUGUCCUACUUUGACGAGGGACAUACUCUUYCCCCACCAUUUAACCUGGUUCCCAGCCCCAAGUCMUUCUACUACCUAGUCCUGCGCACAAGGGCUUGUCUGGUGAGGCUGUGCAAGGCCAAAGCCUGUCUCCAAGACAACCAGCGGGAGACGRCCAUGAUCAAUUUGCGAUUUAAGAUCAAGCAGUACAGACCUCAAACGAGGACAUCAGGGCAAGAUGACUUCACCAUUAAACAUCCUACUCGAUACCAGAAACUGAUGAAGAGGCUCAUUACGCAAUAUGUGCUAAAGGCUCAGGUUGACAGUGAAAAUGACGAAAUCAACGAAGGGGAGCUGAAGGAGAUCAAGCAGGACAUCUCCAGCCUGCGAUAUGAGCUUCUGGAAGAGAAGUCUCAGGCCACAGAAGAACUAGCUGACUUGAUCCAACAGCUUGGUGACAAGCUUAGCAAGAACGCCAAGAAACCUUGAUGGAAGUUGAGGGGUGUCCUCUGUAUAAGAGCUUUGUAUAAAACCUUCAAACUUAGAUUCAUAGUAUGUUGUUAGUGUUACAGAGUGGAACAGGGGAACCCAAGAGCAGAGUCAGACGAGGGGACUGGGAUGAAGUAACUAAGGUAUUUCUUGAAACACGGGGAAAAUGGAAUGCAGGCCAGGGGAAGCUCGGGUGGAUUUCAGGAAACCAGGUGCGGAAGCUGAGGCUGGAGCGAGAG